UUGGUGUCUUGAUACUUCUUCUCUUCUUCCUCAGACCUGCACACAUCAUGUUCAAAAAUCACAUCAGGUAGCUAGCAGAGAGAAUAGGAGCAAUGUUUGGGGAAAAGAUUCACCUGGCACCGCGGCCAGGGUCAGCCGCUCUCCGCGCCGUAGAGCGUGUGCACGAAAUUUGCGUCUCGUGCGCCGCGAAUGGUGGCGGCGCUCACGGCGGCUGCAGUGGGCGGCGUCGGGCCGCCCCCGGGCCGCAUUGGUGGCGGGUGGCUGGCGCUGACCAUCUGCUCUCCUUCUGCUGCGGCGCCCAUGCCGGGCCACCUCGCCAAGGUGUCUCGCUUCUCCAAGAUGACCGGCCGCAGCUUCCUGCCGCGCCACUGCAGGGGCAACCUGUUGUACGUGUCCGACACGCCGCCGCCGGUGUGCUAGGUCGAGAAGGAGAGGCGCGACGACGCGGCGGCUCUCCGUCCGGCGGCACCAGUUCCGAGGCUGUGACCAAGCUGCAGCCUACUGCCGAGGGAUCGGCGGAGGCUGGCCACGACGGCGACUUCUUCCCGGCCGCGGCUGGCCACAUCGGAGCUCCUGGCAACCCAGAC